AUGUGGGCGUGGUUGAGGUCUACAACAAUAGAAACGGCAGCAACAACGGCGAAGACAGGACCAGUGAGCGGGUCGUCGUUUCAGUUGGAAGAUCAACUGCAUCGUGUGACAGCGAGCGAUAUUGCGCAUGUGUUACCGAGUGAUGUGGAACGUGUGAAACAACAGAUGACACCGGAGGAUUUUCAACGUGCAAUGCGUGUGCUUCUGGAGGAUAACAGGUACGGUGAGGUGAUUGCGUCGGCACCCCCAUCAGCUUUACGUGAGGCCGCCCGCGGGCUGACGGCAGUGCAACUCAGCAGCUUCACAACCAUCGCCAAGUCGAACCUUCUCGCUCUCUACAAUGUGCUGCCGUACGCGACGGAGGCACAUGUUGCAGAGAUGAGUGCAGUGCACAAUGGUAACAAAUAA